CCAUAAAAAACAUGCAUUUGCAUAUUUUGGUUUCCCUGGUGAUCACUUACAAAUUUUACAGGACAGACAAAAUAAGUUUUAUAACGAGAGAAAUAAAUAAAAUGUUAUUACGAAUGCAAACAUUUAAUACGCUGGUAAACAAUACCGAUUUAUUAAUAUUUGCUUUAAAUAUCCAAUUUUAAUCUCUUUGAUUCGGUUUUUUUACAACAUCGUUGAAAAUUUUCCUAUGAGUAAACACUUUGUCAGCUUAAAGUCGUUUUUAAGCCGCUGCCGAAAUUUUUAUUUUCAGCCGCCGAAGCCAUUUACAUUUUUCGGCCCUGAACUUAGACGAUAAGUGUCACAGAAAACAUAAGUGCUCAAUAAGAAAAACAAUAAAGAACUUAAAUAGUUAAAAAUACCUUGUGAAAAAUUUAUAAAAAUUUAUUAAAGUACAAUAAAAUUAAAAUACUAAAAAAAUAUGGAUUGCGAAGAUAUGCAAAUGAUAAUUUCUGAAGAACCAAAUCUAUCAGAACGUAAAGAGGGUGGAAAGAGAGGACGCAAACCAGGACGCAAAGCGUCAAAUGAAAAAAUUGAUAUGAAAGCUAAGUUGGAACGGAGUCGCCAAAGUGCUCGAGAGUGUCGAGCUCGCAAAAAGUUACGUUAUCAAUAUUUAGAAGAAUUAGUUGCUGAUCGUGAAAAAGCUGUUUUAGCAUUGCGUGCCGAACUGGAGCGUUACAAACAAUGGAAUUCUGAAUUAAACGAAGGCCGUGUACCAAAUGGUUUUCAACAGUUGUUAGAGGAAGCUGGAAUUCUUAAGCAGGAAAUUGUUGUUUGAUUAUUCUAUUACUAAAUGUUAUACUUUCUAUUUUAUAUACCUUCAAUAGUUUUUUGCAUAAAUUUUAAUUAUACAAUAUCAUAAGUACAAAUAAAAAUUUACUAAAAACCUUA